GUGUGUGUGUGUGUGUGUGUGUGUGUGUGUGUGUGUGUGCGUAGCUGUAGGUUUGUUUGUGUGUAAGGGGGAUGGUGUGCGUAGGUGUGUGUGUAGAGGUGACUGUGUGUGUGUGUGUUUGUUUGUGUAUAUGUGUGAAGUAAUGCCAGUGUGAGGUGUGUAGGUGUGCGUAGCUGUGUGUAGGUUUGUGUUGCUGUGUGUGUGUGUAAAGGGGAUGCUGGGUGUAGGUUUGUGUAAAGGGUGCAGUGUGGGAAUGCUGGGUUAUUGGUGCCAGCCUCACCCAUGCACUGGGCUCUGACUCAGACUGGCACAGAGACAUGCCCCCCAAACACCCCCUGAUCCACAGCCUGAAGGUGUGUAUUGUGCAGCUGCAGGCUGAAGGUUCAGUAACAGACUCCAGUGCUCAGUUGUCGUCGUGUUGUGAGCUGCUGGAGCUGAUCCUGCGCUCCGGUCUUCAGCAGCCGGUGUUGAGUUUAUCACAGAGGGAUUACUGGCACUGUUUUGAGCAGCUGCUUCAGUACGACACCUGCGGCAGGUUGAGUGUGGUAUCGUUAGCGGUGCAGCAAACCGCUGCCUGCCCCAAGCUCCUCACCGCUCAGGGGCGCGGACGCUACUUCAUACGGCUAAUGCUGACCAGGAGAACUCUGGGAAAUGUAGUCAAACAUCUGCUGCACACUGACAGAGUGAUGGAGUUUUACACUCCGGAUGUUUCUGUACUGAGGAAUGAAGAAUUCGUAGAACCGUUUCUCUCGCUGUGUCUGAUUCUGUCUGAGAUGGAGUUUAAGCUUAAUUUACAGAACUGUAGCUUCCUGGACGAGAGCUGGCUGCUUCCUGUGUGUGAGACGUAUGAGGCGGUGCCGUGCCGUGAGCUGGGGAUGGUGCUCAGGUAUCUGGGUGGGCGUGUGUUUGUAUUGGAGGUGCUGCAGGGGGGCGUGGCUCAGGUGGAUAAGUUUGCGGAGCCUGGAGAUAUUAUAGAUGAGAUUAACGGAACAUCACUGAGGAACUCCAGUAACGGGCAGGCGGGGUCACUGCUGUCCAGACUGAAGGGCCAGCCGUUAACCCUCCGGCUGCUGAGGUGGAGGUGUGAGGACGGGAGCGUGUAUCGCCCUCUAGUGCCAUUCUUACGCCUCCUGAAACAGGAAAACCCAGCUCUGGGGUUCGGCUCGCGGCCCGAUCCUGAAGCCCAGCACCCCGCCCAGAACCAGUGUGUGAGAGAGGGCCGGAUCCUGUACGCUCUGCAGCUUCUAGGAAAAACCAACAUAGGAAUGUAUGGAGGGAAGGAGGUGCUGCAGCAUGCGAUUCCCGCCGUGCUGAAAUCCGGGCAGAACACCAAGGAGGUUCUGCUGGACGUAAAGGAGACCCACCUGACCUGCACUGAUAGGUCCAGUAAGCAGCAGCUGUUCCAGCAUCACUUUCCUGAGAUAUCGUGUGUGGGGAGGUUCGGGCAGCCGGACUUCACCGUCUUCGCGUUUUGUGUUGUAGAUGCUCCGGAUGUGGGCCGGCCCGCAGGGUUCUGCUGUGUGGUUCUGCAGGCAGCGUCCAGCGGCGAGUGUGAGGAAAUCGUGCACCGUAUCGGUGAGCAGCGUCGUACCUCGUAUCUCCGCUGUGUGCUCAGUAAGGAUCUGUUGUUCUGAUGUUUUGAUGUUUUGUUGUUUUGUUUCUGCAGCUGCUGGAUUUAAGAGCACAGAGUGGUUUGUAUGAGAUCAGAACAGCUGCGGCGCCGGGAGCUUCUGAUUAGUCACUGCCGGCCUAUCAGUGUC